AUGCAUCCAUGGAGUGAGCGUGCAGUGGUGCAUCCACCGCAUGCAAACACCAUGCAAAUGCCGCCACGCGCUGGCCCGUCUGGUAGAGACGAACACACGGGUCGACUAAGCCACCGGCCCAUUCGCCACUCAUAUAACGGCAGUGAAGACGCUUGGAUUAGUUCACCACAUCGACAACAGGCCCAGAUGGCAGUUUCGUAUGCGAAUCGGGCGUACCCGUCAUCCAACAUGCAGAGCCGCGGCUCUACGACGCCUUCGAGUGAGUCGGCAGAUCGAGUCAUCAUCCAGGCCACCCUCGACAAUGAGCAUUUUUCCGUUGUUAACGUCACGGGCCUUGACUCCGCGCCCACAAUCCGCGAGAUGAUCUUGCGCAAACUCAAGCUUCCAUGGACUGAUUUGCACCAAUGGGGUCUGUUCCGCACAGAAAUUGGCGAAUCCGAUCUGACUCACUCGCCACUCAUUGACGACGAUACCCUCCUUGCUUUGUGCCUACAGCUCGGCGAUGACAAGGGCACGAUCAAAUUUCGUGUUUUGAGUAUGCUUCCAUCUACUGACGAUGUACGAGACCGUGUAAAUCAACCACCUGUGUAUGCUAGCCCAUCCAAAGUUCCUUAUGCGUGGUCGUCUCCUGACAGGACUUUUGCUCAAGUGCGGCCUCCUUCACUUCCACCCCAGACAUUGCCAGUACCCCCGCUACAGCCCUCACAGUCACAGAGACCUCACAUACCGUCAUCGAAACACGCGCCACCAUUGUCUGCCCCGUUCGCGUUGAAUAUGUCGCCACUCGAUGCACCGACGGGUACAGGUGUGCGACACGUACCAGGCGUGAAGCGCCGACCACCGUCUUGGUCGAUGCCCAAUUCAUCGAUCAUUCCUGGUCCUUCCACGAUUCCUCUAAAUGAUGCUUUCUUGACACCCUACACGAACCGACACAUGUCACCGAACGCCGCCAUAAUGCCUAUCUCGUCAAGUUUCCCGUCUUUGCAGCCCGGCAUGGUUAUACCAAUGUCGAAGAAAACCGAAGACCUUCGUUUGUCUACAUCACCGCAUCUUGUCCCUCCCAUGUACCCACCAGCAUGGCACCCAUCCUCGUCGAUGCCUGUGCCUGCUGUGCAUCCCUCGCCUAAUGGCCGUCCUGCGUCAUCUGCGUACGAAACGCCAAACCUGAGUUCUUCCCCUUGCAUGGAUGAACCGCCUGCAGCCGUGGGCGGGGCGCGUCGUGCGCCUCAUGUUCCAAGCCUUAGUCUUGUCCCUGGGCAUGCUCUUGGUCAAGAGCAUGGUUCAAUUCCCGCAUCAAUUACCAUGACAAAUCCUUCCUCAGCCCCAGCGUCCUCUCCCACUUCUUUAUCUGGUUCUGCCUCCUCGUCUGCGCCGGCACCUACGCCGGCGCUCCCUCCAUCGAUGAUUCCCGGCUUCGCACGAGAGCGGCCGAAAGCUCGAACCACGUCCAACUCGAGCGAUGCUCGGCCACUUCUUGACGACCACAUAUACCCAACUUCCUAUCGAGGCUCGGAAUACAGUUCUGCUGCUCGUCCGCUGCCAUUGCCAUCCCCCAACAGCUCUUCGCCUAUGUCCUCGCAAAUUUCGCCGUGGCGCUCUGAGGAGCAUGUUGACUCCAACGACCAUUCUGCGCGUGACACGCCAUCAGCCGUAUCGACGCCGCUUUCAGACCAUGACAGUACGGACGGCUCAAUGCAACGCUUGCUUGCACAUCUUCGAGUGUCGCAAGAUCGAAAGAGCGCUGCAUGCGAGUUUGACUCGUUUGCCGACGACACGCUGGGUGGCACGUUUGCGCAACCGCUGGAUGCGGCCACGCUUACAUCUCACCCACUCGAGUCAGAUAUUGUCCAUGCGUCGCCACAGGCAACAACGCCACGUGAUGGAUCGCGCCCUGUGCUGUCGCUGUCGAUUUCGCCACCGCCUGAGCGAGUGGAAUCGUCAGCUCAAGUAGCUCCCCCUCAAGCGACGAUGCAUGCACGGGAGAAGAGCGGCACAAGCUGGGCGCUGCGUCCACCUGCGGAGGAACUGUACGAACAACUUGAUAACCUGUUUCCGCGACAUGACCUGGACAAGCCACUAAAUGAUAUGGGUCUUUCACCGCAGCCCAAAAGUGAAACGCCUCCGUCUGCGCAUAAGGACGAGCGAGGUGCUGCCGGCACUGCUCUUGUGGGCGGCGAGUCAGGAGCAGCUAACGGGAGUGGAGUGGUAAACGGCGGCGGAGCGAAUCUGAACACAGGUGGCACUACGUCGUCUGGAUCAGCGCCCAAGACACGUCGUGCCCCGCGUGGGCUCUCGCGACAUCAACAUCACUCGAUCCGUGUCAUUGCACAAAACCGACGACAGCUGCUGGAAAAGACAAAGCAAGAGGAACGACGACAAAUGCACAGGAACGAUGAGCUCCUGAAUAGACGGCGCAGCACGAAACUGUGGGGUGGGCGCAUGGUUGAGAUGCGGACGAAUGGUGCCAAUUCUGUGGGCAUUGUGCCGAAUGGCCUGACUGAGUCGGAUCCGGAGAACCGGCCUGUAUUCAAAUGGGUAAAGGGUGAACUUAUCGGCAAGGGCACGUACGGUCGCGUGUAUCUCGCACUGAAUGCAACAACUGGCGAGAUGAUUGCUGUCAAGCAGGUUGAGCUCCCGCGCACAGCGGCCGACCGUGACUCGUCGCGGCAGCGGAGCAUAGUGUCAGCCCUCAAGUCCGAGAUCGAGACACUGAAGGACUUGGAUCAUCCAAAUGUGGUCACGUGCCUCGGCUUCGAAGAGACGCUCGACACACUAAGUAUCUUUCUUGAGUAUGUACCAGGUGGCUCGAUCGGCAGUUGCCUGCGCCGUUAUGGAAAGUUUGAAGAGGACAUGACGAGCUCGUUUCUGAACCAGACGCUCCAGGGUCUUGCCUACUUGCACAAGCAAGGUAUUUUGCAUCGUGAUUUGAAGGCAGACAAUCUGCUUGUCGAUUAUCAAGGUACAUGCAAGAUUUCUGAUUUCGGCACAGUGCGUCGAAGUGAGGACAUUUAUGCGAAUGUCGAGAACAUGUCCUUGCAGGGUACGAUUUUCUGGAUGGCGCCUGAGGUCGUGAGCCUCUCACGCAAGGGUUACAGCGCGAAGGUGGAUAUUUGGAGUCUGGGCUGUGUCGUUCUUGAAAUGCUUGCUGGACGACGCCCUUGGUCGGACGAAGAAGCCAUCCAGGCUAUGUUCAAAAUUGGUGCACAAAGACGUGCUCCGCCUGUGCCUCCCGACGUCAAGCUCUCGAAACCUGCAGCCCACUUCUUGCGAAAUUGCUUUGAAAUUGACCCGGAUCGUCGGCCCACAGCUGCGCGUCUGCUUGAGCAUGUGUUUGCGUGGCCGUCGCCUAACUGGUGCUUUGAAGACAGUGGCCUUUACAAGCUUCUGUGCCAGUCGAAGCCACCACCCGCCUCUCACUCAUAG